AUGCUAUCGAAGCCUUUCAAACCGCCACUGCUAAGCACACCGGCCGGGAACAGUUCACAGAAAUACCACAACCAGGAUGUCGAGCGACCUGCAAAACGACGUCGGCUCAGCGAGGAGGAGACCAAACAUAUUGAUGUAUACCAGAACCCAGCAGGAACUGGAUUGGCGACUCCCCUUGCUCGGCCCAAGCCAACAGUUGUACCGCGGAAGCCCUUUGUGACACUGCACAAUCCGCCUAGUCCUGAGCAGCAUAAGUCCGAAUUAACACAUGGCAACGAAGGUUAUUAUACAGUGCUAUGGCGGAAAUACACAGCCAAAAAACACAAGACGUGGGACGGAGAUGGUAUACUUUCUGUGCGAGGUGGAUAUGCCUCGCUACGAGAUGUAUCAGGACGAGACAUGGGCCGUCUGGCAUUUAGUGACCCACUUCUGCCAGGCUCAUCACUAUCAAUUGGGGGAAAGGACAUUGAGGUUGACUCGAUCAUAUCAAAAGCCGACUUUCUUGCUGGAAAACCUUUCUCGAAGGCUGGAAAGCCCUCUGCUACCCCUACAACUUCCGUCCGGACUCAGGACCUGAAUACCCAGCCUCUAAUUCAUCCUGUAACUCUCCCCAGCAAGCCAAGAGGAAGUCUCCAAGCACAGAUGAGAGCGGAAAUGCUCAGGGAUAAAGAAUCCAAGAAGAAGCCCAGUUCUGCAGCACCUACGAGCCUAGGAAAGAAGACGGCAUUCAAGACUCCACUAAGGGACAGCACAGUCAUGCGUCAAGUGCCUGGUGAAAAGCUGACCCCACGACACGACCCUCAUGCUCCUGGUGCUCUUGUCAUGAAAAGGCCACGAACCGUUCCCAAAGAUAAGCAGAUCGUGGACGUGGUGCUCGACCCGGUGCUCGGGAAACACCUACGUGAACAUCAAAGAGAAGGUGUUGCGUUUCUGUAUGAGUGCGUCAUGGGUAUCCGGGAUUAUGGUGGAGAAGGCUGCAUACUGGCUGAUGAAAUGGGCCUGGGAAAAACGCUGCAAACUAUCGCCCUUUUGUGGACACUACUGAAGCAGAAUCCGAUCUAUAAUGCUGAGCCGGUCAUUAAAAAGGCACUCAUAGUCUGUCCUGUUACCCUCAUCAACAACUGGCAGAAGGAAUUCAGAAAAUGGCUGGGCAACGAAAGGAUUGGAGUCUUUGUGGCAGAUGGAAAGAAGACCAGGUUGACCGAUUUCACGAUGGGAAAAAGCUACAGCGUGAUGAUCAUUGGUUAUGAAAGACUGAGAAGUGUGGCCGAAGACUUGACAAAAGGGGCCGGUAUUGACAUAGUCAUCGCGGACGAAGGGCACAGACUCAAAACAGUACAGAACAAAAGCGCCAUUGCGAUCCAGUCGCUCAACACUCCGCGACGCAUCAUUCUGUCAGGAACACCCAUCCAGAAUGAUCUGAGUGAAUUCUUCUCCAUGGUUAACUUCGUGAAUGAUGGACUCCUGGGUACAUACAAGAAAUUCAUGAAACACUUUGAAAACCCCAUCGUCAAAAGCCGUCAACCCGACGCUCUGGAGGAAGACAUCGAGCUAGGCGAAUCUCGAAGCGAAGAACUCGCUCAAGAAACCUCCAAGUUCAUCCUUCGACGGACAGCCGACAUCCUAUCCAAAUAUCUUCCUCAGAAGACUGAGUAUGUCCUCUUCUGCAACCCAACACCUACCCAAGCAAAUAUCUACCGACACGUCCUCGCCUCACCAAUGUUCCAAUGUGCACUUGGCUCCUCCGAAUCUGCCCUCCAAUUGAUCACCAUACUCAAAAAGCUGUGCAACAGCCCCUCGCUAUUAAGCCCCAAGAUCGCAGCGACUGACGAGACUGCGAACUCCGCCUCCAUUAUUGCGCUCCUCGAAACCCUACCCCAGAACCUGCUGAGAACACUCGGCCCGCAGGCAAGCACUAAGAUCCGCAUUCUUGACACGUUCCUCUACCAUCUCAGCCGAAAUACCUCCGAGAAGAUUGUCCUAGUCUCCAAUUAUACAUCCACCCUUGACCUCCUCCAGACACUACUCACAUCGCUCUCGCUGCCCUUUCUUCGCCUAGAUGGCAGCACCCCAUCUGGGAAGCGCCAGGUUCUAGUCGACGACUUCAAUCGCUCUUCUUCCAGCGCUGCAUUUGCGUUCUUGCUGAGCGCAAAAGCGGGCGGGAUGGGACUGAAUCUCGUUGGGGCGAGCAGAUUGGUACUUUUUGAUGUUGAUUGGAACCCAGCUGUGGAGGAACAGGCUAUGGCUAGGAUUCAUCGAGAGGGUCAGAGGAAGCACUGUAGGAUCUAUCGGUUUGUUAUGAAGGGGGGUUUAGAGGAACGGGUUUGGCAGAGGCAGGUCGUCAAGCAGGGGUUGGCUAGUAGUAUUAUGCAGGGAGGGAAUGCUGGAGGUGCUGCCGGUGCUAUUAUUGGGAAGAAGGGCAUCGCACAAUUCAGCAAGGAGGAGUUGAGGGAUUUGUUUCGAUUGGACGAAAACGUCGGCUUGAGAACCCAUGAGCUCAUUCGCUGUUCUUGUCAGGGUAUGGGAAGGGUCGACGUUGAACAUGGACAGGAACAGCAAAUCAAUCCUGGGACCGAAGACGACGAUAAACCCUUCUUCGUCGAAGCUACGGAAACUCUUGACUCCUGCAGUGCCUCAGACUCGGAAGCAAGAGGGGUAGAGACUGACAACGAUGACGCAGACUCUCUACCGGACGUCCACACCCUGGUGAAAGCCUCUACCCUCUCACCCACACACAUCAAAGAUCCAACCUACCAAAUCACGGCCGAUAUGCAGAGUAGUACCUCACGGAGUGGGAGAGGGAGCACUGCGACCAGCAACAGCAAAGACAAAGACAAAGCCAAAGAAAAAGAAAAUGCAGAAAUGCAAAGCCUGAUGGAAUACAUCCACAUCGACACCAGCUCCCUGGCUUCUAUCCCCCCGGAUGCCGGUAACGCUAGUAGCAACCAUGGUAUCACUUCAAAUUCCAAGGGAGAAAUCGAAGCCCUAAUCGAUGACGACAUCCUCAUGGACGUGCUGCGUGGAGACGGAGAAGGCAGCCCUGGAGGUGUCGCCUGGGUCUUCAAGAAGACGAGCGGUGGUGCGGGCAGCGCUGUGCGAGCUACUGCUUGCUAG